AUGGUUACUCUCGUUAAAAAAUUUGGAAUUCUGGCUGCUAUUGUCGCUGCUGCUAAAGCAGCGUCAUUCGAUGUCAAAAUCGAAUAUAGCAGCCACCUCGGCUUGUUCUACUACUUCGAAGAUGCUAGUAUCACUGUUGAAGCCGUGGCUGAAGGAUUAAAGAUCAAUGCUCCUAGCUGUGAAGCUUUGAAAGAAGGUAUGAUUCUUGUUUCAAUCGAUGGCUGUGUUGAUAAUGUCUUAGUCUCUUGGAACCCAGACAAACUGUUCGACUUAAAGAAUGAUGGCGUGAGCUUAACUUGGAAAGAGGUCCUUCAUCAAAGCUGUGAAUGUUCACAUGAAUCAUCAAACACCGUUGAUUAUUCCACCGUGGAGAGUAUCAGCACCGACGUACACUACACAUCUGAAGGUAUUCCAUCAGGUUCUGAUACUUCGCCAGAGAGUGUUUACACCACUACUGUAAGCGACAUUGAAACCGAAUACACAACCUAUUGUCCGCUAACUGACGAACACCAAACAUCUGAAGGUGUUUCAUCAGGUCCAGCUCCAUCCGGUUCUGCUCCAUCAGGCCCAGCUCCAUCAGGCCCAGCUCCAAGUGGCCCAGCUCCAUCAGGCCCAGCUCCAAGUGGCCCAGCUCCAUCAGGCCCAGCUCCAUCCGGUUCUGCUUCCAGUGGUCCAGCUCCAAGUGGUCCAGCUCCAUCCGGUUCUGCUCCAAGUGGCCCAGCUCCAUCAGGCCCAGCUCCAUCAGGCCCAGCUCCAUCAGGCCCAGCUCCAUCCGGUCCACACAAAUCCCAUGAUGCAAAGAGCUCAGUCGAGACUGUUUACACUACAACUGUAAGCGGUGUUGAAACUAAAUACACAACUUACUGUCCGCUAACCGACAAACACCACACAUCUGAAGGUGUUCCAUCCGGUUCUGCUUCCAGUGGUCCAGCUCCAAGUGGUCCAGCUCCAUCCGGUUCUGCUCCAAGUGGCCCAGCUCCAUCAGGCCCAGCUCCAUCAGGCCCAGCUCCAUCCGGUCCACACAAAUCCCAUGAUGCAAAGAGCUCAGUCGAGACUGUUUACACUACAACUGUAAGCGGUGUUGAAACUAAAUACACAACUUACUGUCCGCUAACCGACAAACACCACACAUCUGAAGGUGUUCCAUCCGGUUCUGCUUCCAGUGGUCCAGCUCCAAGUGGUCCAGCUCCAUCCGGUUCUGCUUCCAGUGGUCCAGCUCCAAGUGGUCCAGCUCCAUCCGGUUCUGCUUCCAGUGGCCCAGCUCCAUCAGGCCCAGCUCCAUCCGGUCCAGCUCCAUCCGGUUCUGCUUCCAGUGGUCCAGCUCCAAGUGGUCCAGCUCCAUCCGGUUCUGCUUCCAGUGGCCCAGCUCCAUCAGGCCCAGCUCCAUCCGGUCCAGCUCCAAGUGGUCCAGCUCCAUCCGGUUCUGCUUCCAGUGGUCCAGCUCCAAGUGGUCCAGCUCCAUCAGGCCCAGCUCCAUCCGGUUCUGCUCCAUCAGGCCCAGCUCCAUCCGGUCCAGCUCCAAGUGGCCCAGCUCCAUCCGGUCCUGCUCCAAGUGGCCCAGCUCCAUCCGGUCCAGCUCCAAGUGGCCCAGCUCCAACCGGUCCAGCUCCAAGUGGCCCAGCUCCAACCGGUCCAGCUCCAUCAGGCUCUGCUCCAAGUGGCCCAGCUCCAACCGCUCCUGUUCCAACCGCUCAAAUCCCAUCUUUCAGUAACUCUACUGUUGUACCACCUGCAACAUGCGGUCCACAGGGCAAUGCUCCAUGUGUUCAAACACCAUCCUUCGGUAACUCUACUGCUGUACCAACUGGCACACCUGAGCAGGAUAUCACAAAAACAAUUGACUCUUUGUUAUAUGUUACUGCAUCUCACGCAUCCAGUUCACACCCAUCAGUUGCAGCUGCCUCAUCUUCUCACUCGGUUGACGUCUUUGAAGGUAAGGCCCAUCGUGCCAUUGCUCAAAACUUUGCCGCAGCAAUGUUAGCUGUUGGUAUGGCUUUAAUCUAA